AUGUUUCUUAUGCGGCGGUGUAAUACAUUUUUAUCAAGAACAUUUUUUAUUUUAAUUCUUCUUUCAACAUCUAUAUUUGUUAUCAAUAGCUUUAUAAAAUAUCUCUAUAAAACUGAUAGUCGUCAAUUUAUACCGGUUCGAGAUCAGUUAUUAAAAAAUUAUGAAAUUAAACAUGAACAUAAUCAUAAAGAAACUCAUAAUGCCGUGCGUCGAGAAUUACUUAAUGCAAAUACUGAACCAAUUGCACAUACUUCAAUACUCGAAAGACGUGACUUACUUCAAGAAAAUAAUUCAUUAACAUCGAAACCAACUAAAAUAGCUGAUAGACCAAUAUCAGUUUAUGUUCAUUUUGAUUUAAAAGGUGCGGCACCUAAAAUAUCCUAUUUUGAACAACUUUUUCCAUUAUUACAUAAAUGGGGUGCUAAUGGAAUAUGUAUGGAAUAUGAAGAUAUGUUUCCAUUUGAAGGUAUUGUUAGCAAUAUAAGACAUAAACAAGCUUAUACAAAAAAUGAUAUUGAAAAAAUUAAUAAAUUAGCAAAAGAUAAUCAUUUAGAUGUUAUGCCACUAUUACAAACUUAUGGCCAUUUAGAAUUUUUAUUAAAAUUGAAAGAAUUUAGUGAUUUACGUGAAAACCCCAAAUAUCCUCAAGUGAUAACUCCUUGUGUAAAUAAAACCUAUUCAAUAUUAUUUGCUAUGAUUGAUCAAUAUUUAAAUUUACAUCCAAAUAUGCGUUUAUUACAUAUUGGUCAUGAUGAAGUUUAUUAUUUUUUAACAAAUUCAGCAUGUCAAGAAUUUCAACGUUUGACUGGUGUUCAAACUCAACAUGAUUUAUUUGCAUAUCAUCUUAGUAUAAUUACUAAUUAUAUUCGAGAAAAAAAUCCUAAUAUAUCAUUAUUUGUAUGGCAUGAUGUUUUACAAAAUUUAAAUAGUGUUAUGUUACAAAAAUAUAAAUUAAUGGAUACAAUUAUUCCUGUUUUAUGGUCAUAUAGAGAAGAUGUUAGUGUUGAAGGAUUUGUUGUUGGUCCACAAUCAACUCUUUUUGGACAAUAUAAAAGUUUGUGGGGAGCUUCAGCAUUUAAAGGUGCAACAGAUGAAGUUGCAACUAUUAGUGAUGUUAAACAUUAUUAUGAAAAUCAAGUAUCAUGGAUUCAACAAUUAAAUUCAUAUAUUCCAAUAAAAUGGAAAAACUUCGAUGGAAUUAUCUUAACUGGUUGGUCGCGUUAUGAUCAUUUUCUUUCAUUAUGUGAACUAUUACCAUAUUCAAUUCCAUCCAUGGCUUUUUCAUUAGCUGCUUGGAAAGAACCAUUUAAAAGUCUUCCUAAAACUGAUAUCUUUUUAAAUAAACAAUUACAAGAAUAUGUUGAAAAAGAACUUCAAUGUUCAUCACACAUUCAUUUAAAUAUUCAGGAGCAUUCAAUUAAACCAAUGCCAAAAUGUAAAUUUCCAGGUGCUGGUAUUUAUGAAUCAAUGAUUUCUUUGUCGGAUAUAUGGAAUCAAGUUGAACAAGCUGAAUUAUUUGUUAAGAAAUAUGUGACUGAUCUUCAUGUUAAAUAUAAUUAUAUUCAUGUUAAACGUGGUGAAGAAUGUUUAGAAAAACUAACACCAGUUAUCACUUUAUUAAAUAAUUUUAUUGAUUCUUUUAAAAAAUCAAUGGAUGAAGUAUUUUCAGCACAAGUUGCUAUUGAAUGGUUAGAAACUUAUUUUAUGAAACGUUAUCGUUUAGUUAAUGACCGAUAUGAAUUUAUUCGACGUGCAGUUCAAGAACAAAAAUCAUGGUUACCUAGACCAAUACCUGAUACUGACAAACUUGACAUUAAUCAGAAAAAUAAAUGA